CAAGACACGAGCUCAAUGGCGACCGUGGAUAACCAAACCCCCAUAUUACCCUCAGUGACUUGGCUUGGCGGCUUGAGACGAAGUGUGGAGUAGCUGCCGACCAAUUGAAGUUGCAGCGAUGGCCAUAGCCGCCACCAUUUCCGUUCAUCUUACAUCUCCCACUCGCCGCUCUCUGGCCUCCGUCAAUCUCUUUGGUCCUUCAAGAUCCACUUUCCCCACACCACAGCGCACUUUCAAGUACCCUAAUUUCCGCCUCGUCGCUUCCUCCAUGACCACAGAUACCCCCGUCAAAACCUCCUCCUCCUCUUCCUUCCUCCACCACAGAGAGAGUGACUUUCUCCAUUUCGCCAAGUACCAUGGCCUCGGAAACGACUUCGUUUUGAUUGACAAUAGAGACUCUUCAGAGCCCAGGAUUAGUCCAGAGAAAGCUGUGCAACUCUGUGAUCGUAACUUUGGCGUUGGAGCUGACGGAGUUAUCUUUGUCUUACCUGGCAUCAACGGCACCGACUAUACUAUGAGGAUUUUUAACUCCGAUGGUAGUGAACCUGAGAUGUGUGGCAAUGGAGUGCGAUGCUUUGCCAAAUUCGUUUCUCAGCUUGAGAAUUUACAUGGAAGGCAUAGUUUUACCAUACAUACUGGUGCUGGUCUGAUUGUUCCUGAAGUCUUGGAGGAUGGAAAUGUCAGAGUUGAUAUGGGGGAACCAAUUCUUAAAGCAUCAGAUGUGCCUACUAAAUUACCUGCAAAUAAGGAUAAUGCAUUGGUCAAAUCGGAGCUAAAUGUUGAUGGAGUUAUUUGGAAUGUGACCUGUGUUAGCAUGGGAAAUCCACACUGUGUAACUUUCAGCAAAGAAGGAAGCCAGAAUUUGUCUGUUGAUGAAUUAAAGCUAGCAGAAAUUGGCCCAAAAUUUGAACAUCAUGAGGUGUUUCCUGCACGAACUAACACAGAGUUUGUGCAAGUUCUGUCUAAUUCUCACCUGAAGAUGCGUGUUUGGGAGCGUGGAGCAGGAGCAACCCUAGCCUGUGGAACUGGAGCUUGUGCUACUGUCGUUGCAGCAGUUCUAGAGGGUCGUGCAGGAAGAAAUUGCAUGGUUGAUCUACCUGGAGGUCCUCUUCAGAUUGAGUGGAGGGAGAAAGAUAAUCAUGUCUAUAUGACAGGAUCAGCCGAAUUAGUUUAUUAUGGAUCUUUGCCUCUUUGAUAUGUUGUUUAAAAUUAUUGUUAAACUCAAGGCUUCGGGAAUUAGGAAUUACUGAAAAUUAUUUGUAUGAGAUGCGGACUUUCUAAUUGUUCUCAGUGUUUUACCUUGUGUUCGAUAUAUGGAGAAGUGAAAUGUUCGCCACACUUUUCUUUAAAACUCUCUUUAAUGCAUGUCUUGUAAUUGAUUUAUUUUUUACAAACAAUGAAACACUUAUUUU